GAAAAAAGCAGUGCAGGAACUACUUUUGAAAUCACGCUACUUCAGAUCGCACUGAUUAAGACAGUGCCAUAUAAGUACACUGCAAGUUCAGGAAAAAGACAAAUUGUAUUCAAGGUGGGGAACAAGGUGUGGCCAGUGCUUAAUACACAUUUGCUGCUACAGAACUUUCACUGCUACCAGUUUAUUUUUAUAAAAUACAAAAAUCUAUGCAGUAGCUACACUUCACACAUGCCCAGGGGCGGACUGAACAUUUGGAAACUCGGGCACUGCCCGAGGGCACGGGGUCAGUAGGGGGCCCCAUGAGAUGCCCCUGGUACCUUUUUCAUAGGCUUUUUUGAGUUUGGGCAAGGACACAGGGGCCCGAUGAUCCCCUAUUGCCCGGGGGCCCCAU